UAAGCCCACUUAAGUGCCCCUUGAAAGAAUCGUACCAUGAUGCUAAUGGGUUCGGCCUGGCAGAUGCUCCAAAUGAUCUCCACUUCCAGCAGAUGCUUCCAUCGAGUCGCUGAGAUCAAAAAAAUCAACCCCCUUGACCAUCGCAGUUCAAUCGAUUGCAGAUCCAAGCCAUUCAUGGAGCACAUUUGCAGUCGACCCUCCAACGAGUUCUGUGUAGGGAGGAGCAUCUCCGCGUUUGUGUGUGACCAAUUCAAGAAGAUGUCGGGGGUCGAGUCACCGCCACCGAAGUGCCGCACAGAGCUCAUGUGGAAAACUCUGCCCAAGUCCUGCAAAAAGUGCGACGACCGCUUCGACGUAUUGUUCUACCAGGCGUCGGAUAAGUUCCGCCCUUUCCAGCGCACCUGGUGGGAGUGUUGUCCCCGCCUGGUGCCCAAGCUAGUCUGCGGCUGGUCCGAUGCCAUUCCGCCACAAGUGAAGCGCCGCAAGAACAAGGCGUCUAAGAGCUGUAGCAGCCUAGCGAUGCCAAGCUGUAGGGCGCGACUGGUGCCGCCCAAGUGCUCGUCUUGGAGGCCGUGCAAGAAGAUCAAAUGUCCGUUUCCCAGUUACUCAGAGUGCGUACGCGAUGGUCUCAUACCGGAGCGUCCACACGAGUGCCGCUGCCUGGAGCGUUACCCGAUCUGCUUUGAUAAUCUGUUCGACAGGAAGCCAAAGAGCAUCUAUCCGUGCCAGCGAUCGUAACCGAAGAUGGUGUACACAUGUGUCCUGUGAGCUCUGACAGAAGCUGUGCACUCUAGCUGCAGAGAUCCUGUCAGAGCCCACGGGACCAUCAGAAAACAUCAAAGAAAUAAUCAUAAAUAGAAUGGGGACGAAAGUGA